GAUGUGAUCAGUCUGAAGAUUGUUUUCACACACGAGUGACUGUUCAGAAAACAUCUCAUAAAAAUGUUUCAUAUUUUUGUAAUUCUUAGUUUAUGCUUGUGGCACCUUCCUGGUGUGUUUGGUGUUGAUACAGAUGAAGUGAAGUCUGUGUCUGUGAUGGAGGGAGAUACUGUGACUUUAAACAGUGAUCUUACUGAAAUCCAGGAGGACGAUUUGAUCAUGUGGAUGUGUGGAGAUUCUUGUAUAGCUAAACUCAACACGACAUACCAAAUGAUCUCUGAAGGCAAUGAGAGAUUCGGGGGCCGAAUGGAGCUGGACAGUAUGACUGGAUCGCUCACCAUCAGAAACAUCUCAACCAUAGACGCUGGACAAUAUAAAGCUCAGAUCAUUGGAGAAAAAGUGACAAGGAAAACGUUCAAUGUUACUGUCAAUGCUCGUCUUCCUGUUCCUGUCAUCAUCAGUUAUUGUCCACAAAAUCCUCCAUCAUCGGAAAUAUCAUCAGUUUCAAAAUGUGUGUUAAUGUGUUCAGUAUUAAGUGUGAGAGAUGCGACUCUCUCCUGGUACAAAGGAACCAGUUUAUUGUCCAGCGUCCAUGUAUCUGAUCUCAACAUCAGAUCUCUACCUCUGGAGAUUGAAUAUCAGGAUACAAACACAUACAGCUGUGUACUCAACAAUCCCAUCAGUAAUCAGACUCAACAUCUCAACAUCCCUAAACUCUGUCAGCCGUGUUCAGAUUGUGUCUGCUGUUGUGGUACUACUGAAGCUGUGAUCCAGUUGGUCAUUUCAGUUCUGGUGGGCGUGGCUACUGUUGUUGUUUUAGUUUAUGACAUCAUGUCCAGAGGAGCUGAACAGCAAAGAGGGCAAACAAGGGCUUCUACUUUUCUAGGUCACUAAUGUGUGUUUUUAUUAUAAGAGGAGCCUUUAGCGUGCAUAUUUUAACAAUAACAAUCAUAUUUUGAUUUAGCAACAAUGUGCUUACACAAUGAUUUCUCUUGUUGUGGUUUAGUAAUGUGGGUGGUGACCUGCAUCUGUGUCACUUUCUGUGUUAUAACCUGUAGGAGCAAGAACAGGAAGUUGUUUUGCAAAAAAAAAAAACUUGUUACUUCUGAAAAACUGUGACCCCUUACCAUCAGUCACACCUUAAAACUUUGCUGUAGUUAUGCAAAUGUUUGUCAGUAACUUACUGUAGAAUUAAAUGCAUAUUAUUUACUGGCAACCGUUUGUUCAAAGUUAAAUAAACAUUAACCAUUAACAAGUCUUUAUCCUCACAGAAUAAAACAAUAAAAUUACAGCCUCAUGCAAAGCAUUUAACCAGAAAUCCUCAUCAACCUUUAUCUGUUUUUUUCCUUCAGAUUUUGGUUCCCAGAAUGCUUUGCAUGAGUCUGUUAUUUUAGUUUUAUUCUGUAAAGAUAAAAACUUGUUAAUGUUUAAUAUUUAUUUAACUUUGAACAAAUGGUUGCUAGUAAAUAACAUAAAUCAAAAUCUACAGUAAGUUACUGGCAAACAGCUGGCAGUAAUACUGUAAUUUCUACAGAAAUGUUUUACUCUAUCUUACCGUAUGCCAGGAUUUUAUGUUACAGUUAACAAAAGCUUUAUUUCUGUCUUUGAAUAAAUCAAUUAAUAUUUUUAAUAGAUGAAAUUACACUUUUUAGACAAUUUAGAUAACAUUUUUUGCUUUUGCUAUAUGUGAGCAAAUUCAUAUAUUAAGAUAAUUAUUUUUACACAUCAUAACACUACUGAUAUUAUGAAAAUUUGCAAUCAUACCCUGCAGUAUGGCAUGCUUUCUGUCAUUUUUAUACUGUUUUAUACUUCUUAUGUCUGUAUUGUUUGUUAAAAAUACAUAGAAAUAAUAAACUAUAGAAAUAAUCAGAAUAAUGUAGAUUUUCUUUCCUGUCAUGACCGAAUAUUGAUUGUAAUAUUUAUAAUUCCAUUAAAGGCAUCAUGCUUUAUCAGAAAAUUAAAACUCAUGCACAAAAAACUCAUAAUGCAUUGGCGUGUGAAAAUAAAUAAUUUACAUCACUGCGAUAUUUAACCCUUGUGCAUUUGCAUGGACAUUUUUUGUCCUUUUCAAUGUAUUUAUUUUUGUAAAUUUGGCUGUGUUAAUGCAAACAGCAGAACAUUUGCUAAAGCUGUGCAUUUUUAUUAAA